GUCGGCUUCCAGGGGCAGUGGCGCGUUUCCUUGGAGAGCUGUGGUGGUCUGGAGUUUGUGUGGGGGCGCGAGGCUGCGCGUGGUUCUGGUCUCGUAGGCUGGGUCCAGCCCAACCUGCACAGACACAGCGUCUGGCGGAAUGACUGACAUUUCUGAAGCAGUUUCAAAUUUUGAAGAGAUGUUUGCCAGUAGAUUCACAAAAGAUGACAAAGAAUACCAGGAAUACCUGAAACACCCUCCUAGGUCCCCUCCAAUUGUUGAGGAAUGGAAUAGCAGAGCUGGUGGAAACCAAAGAAAUAGAGGCAAUCGGUUACAGGACCGACAGUUUAGAGGUGGGGAUAGCAGAAGGGGGUGGCCAAGCGACAAUCGAUCCAAUCAAUGGCAUGGACGACCCUGGGGUAACAAUUACCCACCGCACAGACAAGAACCUUACUAUCCCCACCAGUAUGGACAGUAUGGUUACAACCAAGGGCCUCCUUAUGGUUACUACUAAGAGAAAUGUUUUUAGUAAAACCAUUUUCUUUGUAAUAGAUUUUACUAGAGAGAUGUUACAGUUGCUGGAAAUACCUAAAAAUGUUGUGGAUUAUAUUCCUUGACUUCUACCUCAGAUUCUUCUUUGUUUCAUGACUUAAUAGUGCUUUAAAAUUUGUGUAUUUUUCUUAUUUGACCUCUAGUAGUUCUGUCUUUGUUUUACAGAAAAAUAAAAAUUUUUAAA